CUACAACUCCCAGGUCGCCGCGGGAAGGAGCGGGCAGGGCGCCGCCUGAGGGCGGGGGGUACGAACGGGAACCUGCCGCCGGUGCUGGCGGAGGUUGUUUCCUCAGGUUUAUUGUGAAACAGUUGCAGCGUCAAUGAGAAAUUAGCAGUAAACCACAUACCGCACGUGUUGGGUGUUAUCUGGGGAAGAUGCAGUGUUCUGGUGCAUGCCUCUGAAGGAGCUGGUGAGUGAGAGUUCAGGCCUUUACGAGUCAGUUGCUUGUGAGGCUGCAUUUUGACUUUCUUGGUAUUGCUGUUUCAUCGUGACUAGUUCAAGGUCACAUCAGAAUUAAGGAGCCUUUGGCAGUGGAAUGAGUGUGAUAUAGUUUCAGUCUCUGAUCGGCUGAGUGAAUUAUAAAACCACCUGAAAUUUAGGCAAUGCUGCUUUUUCUAUAUACCUGAAAAAAUUACCUUGCUCAAACAAUCCUCCAGCAGCACUUUAAGCAAGAAAGACACUGAUAAUACAACAGAAAUAAUAGAUACACAGCUCUAGUAUGGAAAAUGUAGGUAGAAAGUUGAAUUAAAGCUCACUUGCUUCCAGGAGUGGGAGGAAAAUGCCUUCUAGCGUUUAGUGUUCAUGAAUUGAGUUCUUUUUUAAAAGCAAUGGGAGGAAGAAUUCCCUUAGUGAAUCUUGAUGUGUUUAGCUUGUGUGUGUGGUGGCACUUGAGAUCCAAGUUGACAGUGAUUUGAAAUUUGUUUCAAAUGUGGAACUCUGGUGUGAAAUACUCGUUUUAAUUAAAAAGUCAGUGUUCCCAAAACUGUGUUGGCAUCUCAAGCAUAAAUACUUUCUAAUCUGGGCUCCCGUUUGUGCAUGCCGUUAUCUUUUUUCCCCAGAAUCCAAAGAGAAGACACUGCCAAACACGAAACGUAUUCUAGGGGCUCAUAAAUUGUUUUGCUGUGGGUGUCUGAUCCUGAUCACGUUCACGUGGUUAAUUUAAAAACUAAAGCUUCAGCUACCUCAUUCAGAAACAUGCUUCGUAUUUGUGUGUCCUGAAUGUCUUGGAGGCUUUAGGGCUUUUGUCUUUCUGAAGUUAAAAUUAUGGCCUAAAAUAUCAUUCAGGUUGGCAAUAGAAGAGUUAUGAUUGACUUGUGGCUGGAAAGCAGUAAAAUGGGUUAUGUUAAUUCCAUGGGUUUAGGGAGACUCAUUAACAGUACAGAUCCCUACUUGCGGUUGCUGUCUUGGAAGUUCUGCUCUUGAUUUAAGCUCUUUCCAACCUUGCUGAGGUGCGGCACAACCAGACUUUAGGAACACUAUAUGUGUUUUUCAUAUGAUUACAUAUAAAGAAUAUAGAUACCUAAGCCUGUCUGAUAUCUUUCAUGGGCAUUACCCUAAAAAAAAAGUAGAAAUCUAGUGUUACCUUCAUGGCUUGAAUUUCUGCCUCAUACAGACAGAUGUUAUUUAUAUAUUAUUAUAUAUUAUGUUAAUAUUCUAUAUUAUGUUAAUAGGCUUCUAAUUUUUACUGGCAGAGAGAAAAUCCAGCAGGAUGUGAAGAAGUGGUUCUGGGACCUGCAGUGAAAUGUAAAUUGAGUGAAAACAUAACAUACACCUCCUAUGUUUGGAAGCUUUAAAGCAGCUUGCUCAUCUCUGCUUUCAUUUUCCCGUGGUUAAAAUUGGUUCAAACAGAAUAGCAACCAAACAACAACAUAUGUACAUAUAUAUGUAUGCGUGUAUAUAUAUAUAUAAGCUUAGAUAUAUACAGAGAUAUAUUUAUAUAUAUAAGCUUAGAUAUUGUCUUUCACAGAAAUAAAAGAUAUUGGCUGAUGAAUUGAGGGCAGAUAGAUCUUGUGUCCUAUUUCUACUUGGAACAGCUGCAGGGCACAUGUUCUAGUUUGUUAGAAUCACUAGUGGCUGUGAGCAAAUAUCUGCCCAUAAAUGCAGCAGUAUUGUUGAUUAGUAUCUUGAUUUAUUUCAGGAAUAGAAAUAAAACCAUUAUUGAGCUUUUGCUGUACAGCUAUUUGCAUUCACAAAGAGGAGGUUGGGGCGCUUAGAAGUGGCUAGUUUUACAAAUGUUUUCUUGUUUAGUAUGAGUUGUUCCUGCAAAUAAGUAUUUUUCUAGGUAACAAGAAUAUACUUGUUUGAACAAAUUCCUUUUUCAUCUGCCUUUUCUGAGUAUUUACAGCUAUUAUAAUAAUCAAGUAUUGACAAAAAUCUCUGCCUAGCAUCCAAAACAAUGAAGAAUGUAUCAGCAAAUGCCUUUACAAACUCUCUUUUCCCCAGAGGAAGCCUUUCUCAGCCAAGCAGCAGUAUCUCAUUUCUGAAGAUAGAUUGUAGAAAACUGAUAGGUAAUAAGGUAAACUCUAUAUAUUUGUUUAAAAUACAUCCAUUGUUUAACAUUAAACUCCACUGGACUGCCUUGAAGAACCCUAAAGUUGUGCUACUCAAUUUGCACUGCCAUAGAAAGGUGUGAAAACCCCUGCUUUUAACAGGUUAAAUGUGCAAAUUAAUUUAUACUCAAUGUAAUCUAAACCAGAAUUAUUCAUAGCAUUUAUGUAAGUACUCUUAGACACAAGUGGAAAGCUCUCUGGCAAACUAGAUAAGUGCAAUGCCUGCUUCAGCAAUCAUUUAGUGAGUCGUAAGUAGUUUCUGUUGAGCUCAAAUGUACUCCAGAAGGAACUGUUACCAUCGAAGUUCUCAGCUGGGUGUUCUUGGCUUUUGGGUGUAGGAGCUGCAUUCUAGAAAGGUCGUCUCGUUUUAUCUUCUGAGAUGACUUCACCCUUCUGUUAAAGGAGGUGUUUACAUUUGAGGUAUCUUGUCAUCUCAGGUAUUGUUGAAAAAUAACAUCAAAGACUUUUAGUCAGCAAUUUAUAAGCUUAGCUGUAGAUUACAAAUGUAUCUUUCCAUAUGUGUAAGAUUCCCAAAGCUAAACAUUCUCAGUGCCAUCACUUACCAGCAGUUGUAUAAACUGCCAUUAUCCAUCUUAAUUUUCAGCCAGGAUGUGGUGGUAGCGCCAUUCCUGAAGGUAACCAGUUCUUAAUAUCUCACUCUGGAGAAUCUAUGUGUGCACAAAGGCUCCUUGCUACUUACAUUCCUUGGUUCCUAUAAUCUACCUUUCCAACAGCACAGCUGAUGAGGUGCUGUCUCAACCUUUAUCAGGUAGCAUUGCACACACAGUGCGCUUACACUGACUGUCUGCUUUUCAUUUUACUAUAGGUGUCAUUUGAUUUCCAUGUAUGUAAAUGUGAACUGAUGAAAUAACGGUUGCUGACAGGCUUGACAUCCAUUGUUAUGUCUAGCUUGGAAGGUAUCAUGACAGUGCAAACCUUUCUUCCUCUGGCCCCAAUCUUCACUAACUGUCAAAAUUAGUUGUAGCACUAAGGCUGGAGUUUGCUUUCCAAGAUCUUCAGUUCUUGAUCUUUCAGCUGAUGGUGGAAGAUGAUAUCAAGUUUUCCCAUCAAGCUGAACUAAUCCUAUUUUGCAGUGGGGGCAACAGCCUGUGUGUAAGUGAUUUAAAAAACUGAAAGGAAAUUAAUCAUAGGAAAUGCUCAAUGAUUUUCUUCCUCAGAAAAACAACUUGCCAAAGGUCAUGAUACGUGUUUUGCCGUCAUUUAAAACUCAAACUGGAUUCUUAGUUAACAAAAAUAGUAACAGGUCUCAGUUUGUGAAAUGAGUCACCAAAGGAGUUUUCCCCUCCUUUCUUUCAGACACUUGCCUCUUAUUAAGCUCUGGUUAGAAGGCUUUGUCUAUCCCUAUGUUUUAUUUAUCAUAUGAAAGACUAAGUUUUCCUAAAGCUACCAGGCUGCAGGUACUGUAGUUCUGAGAACUGGAUGUGGCUUCCAGCAUUACAUUGACUAGACAAUAGGCAAAUAUUAUAAUAUUGACAUAGGGAGUGUCUGAAUGAUAAUGCUUUUUAGUUUAUCCAAACAAUUCAAUUAAAGACAUGUGGACUUCCUUUAGGUAAUGUGUGGAGUUACAUGGCAAAAGUGGAGGGCAGAAAAGAGCACGGCUGUCUGAUAUUCUGUUCCACAUUGAGAAGGGCUGUUCUCAGGCACUUGAGAAAUCCUGCUUAUUAACAGACUUCAUUAAUGCUUCAUGACUAUGCUGUCAUGGGCAAAAAUGAUCACAGUACUGCCUUUUCAAAGUGGUGUGUGCUCUCUGUCCUGCUACAAAUCCAUCACAGUUGACUGCUGCAGAGAGGAGCCUGUAGCUGUGGGGAGGCUUAUCAGCAGCGGUGCCAGGCGGUAACUGUUCUGUUGCAAUCACAUUGAUUUUUAGAGCCUGGGUGUGGAGUAGUCUCUGCAUGGCCCAGUUUGGAGCAGACUGAUAAGGCUCCUUGUUCCUUAGCAACCACAGUCUGCCAUAGCCAGAAACCUGCCCCUCUGCAGCUGGAGGGAAAAUUCUGAAUGCCUCAAAUGUGUGUCUUGAACCUAAGGUCGGUGUCUUUCCUGGGCAUGGAGGUGCCAUAUGUCCUUCUCUUAACUAGACUUGUAGCAGAAGUUGCCAGCAAAUCUACUGAAAGUUCGGUUUCAGAAACAGAAUGCUGUGUGGAUAUGUUGGAUUCCAACAGUUCCUGUCCAGUAACCAACCAGUGCAGUCCAGGUUGUUACAGACGAUGGAAUGAGGAUGGUAGUAGCAGCUGCAUUAAAUGCAAAAAUGAAACCCUUCCUGUUUCAUCUGUUUACAAUCUGACUGAAUGCAGAAAUAUUGGGAUCAGAGGAAUGAAUUUCCAAAUGAAUAUAAGCACGGUGACUCCUUUCAUCCAGAACAUAGGGGGCCCAGAAGUGGCAGCCUCUCUCAUCUUAGGGACGUUUUUCAUCAGUGUAUUCCUGAUUCUGUCUGUUGCUUCUUUCUUCUACCUCAAGCGUGCCAAUAAACUUCCUAAUGUUUUCUACAGAAGAAAUAAAGCAUCUGUUCUCCAGCCUAGUGAAACAGCAUCCAUGAUACCUCCCCCAGCUUCUUCAGUUCGGAAGCCACGAUAUGUCAGACGGGAACGAUCGCUAGUGACAUCUGCAUCUGCUGCUAUGAUCUCUUCUUCCGAAACCAGGGUCAGCAAUGUUUAGCUUUCAUUCUUGACUGAGGACUUGAUAAGCGUACACAGUGUGCAAGAAGCUUUUUCUGAAUCCACUGAAGUGCCAGGAAAACAUCGCAAGCAGCUGACCUAAAUGGAAGCCAAAUUACUGUGUCGAAAGGGUUUAUGCCAAAUGUUAACAGAGAAAUGAAUUAAUGCAGAGACACUGAUGACAGGCUACAUCCAGUUCAGUGAACUGCUUUGGUGAUCUUGAAAUGCACUGUCCCAGCUCUGUGGUUUCAUUUGUCUCUCACAGAUGCUGUGUUUGAUGUCUUUAUAAAGAAUCUGCCUUUCUUUGUUACACUUUCAGUUUUGGCAAGUUCUUCUUCCUGUGUUGUGGUGUGUUCUGUGUCCCCAGAGCUGAAUGUCUCAGUGCUGCAGGCUGACAGAAAAUACUGGGAUUACUCAAGGAUGAGGACUUGUUCGAAGGACCCACUUGUACGUGCUGACACUAAGUGCCACUGCUAUAAUGUUCUAGGACGCUAUAACAACACUUCACAUGCAGUAUCCUUUUGAAGCAAAAAAUGAUGCCUCCUGAAGCAUCCUCUUCAGACUUUGACAUAGCUGACCCUGGUUUUUAACUGUGAAUAUAGACCCACUAUCCAGAUACUCCUGUUCUUGGUGCUUUUGAAGGCCAUGGUCAGUAUGGGUCCAAUCCCAAGUGUGGAACUUUGUUGGGAAGCUUUUCCAUCUGGUUUCAGUUCAGUCCUUGGAUAAAGAGCCAUUUGCUAUGGCUUUGUAACUGAUAGGCUGCUAUGUCUGUGCUGCAAAGACUGUCUCUGCUAGCUUCCUUCCCUUAACACAGCACUUGAAGGGAAACCCAAAUUGUGAGCAUUGAGAUGAACUGGCGAGGUCAGGUGAACUUCUGCCAAUGCAAUAAGGGGGUUCUUUGGUCAAGCCCUUCACUAACAUGCCUGACAUGUGCAGGCCAGCACCUUAAGACAGAGUUCAACAAGUAUUUCCUUGUUGGAAGUGCCAGCCUAAGUAACUCCCACUCUGAUGCUUGUUCUUGCCCAUCUUAUGCCAGCGAUGUGGCUCAGGAGUCACCUCAGCAGGAAAUUAAAGUAGUAUUUUUUGGUUAGGUUCUCUUUGACCAAUUUUUUCCUGGUGUGGUUGACUCUGCUGCCAUAAAAACACUCGUAUCAGUGCAAUGGGCACACUGGUAUGGGCAUAGGAGUGGGUGACAGGGGAAAUCAGUGAAAAACCUGAGCUUGCUAAAUUGGUCCAAGUGUCACUGUCACCAUAUGUGAAAUUCUAACUAUGCAGCUUGUGCAUUCCCACCUACCUGUGUUGCUGUUGCCUGUUUUGGUUUAGCUGGCACUCCCUUGUGGGGCUGUGCUCCCAAAAUAAAUUGCUUGGAAGCUCUUCAUCAGCAUCCACUGGCAUGAACAUAAAAUGGAACAGUCAGUUCUCUUUUUCAGGAAAAUGUGAACAGAACUGUCUUGAGCUGACAUGACAUCCAUAUGGAGAGUCCAAACCUUGUGAUCCAGGUUCCCUUUUCUCAGUGGAUAAAAGAUGAGAACUGGGAUGGGAGGAGAUAUAUUUAUCUUAUUGAAGAGACCUGGGUUUACGUAAGGUUCAGUGCAGUUGUAUUGACUUUUAUCUCUCUCCUUACAAGGUAAUGAGAUCUCUUGUAGCAUCCGAACAAGCUAGGGCAAAGAGUUGGGAUAAAGAACAAACCAUGAAGAGGCCUCUGUGCCAAAAACAAAGCCUGAAUUGCUGUAUGAAGAAACUUAAGAUUGUCUUUUACAAUGAUAAGUACGAUUUUUGUUCUACUUGACGAAACUGAAGGCAGCAGACAAUGCCAUUUUGAGGCCCUUUCAGUGUGAAAUGUGCUUUAUAGUUCCUAUCUUCCAAGUUCAGGAAGUGGCAGUUUUGUUUCUGUCUUUUUGAUGUCUUUUUAUCUUUGUGCUGCUGCCAUUUUCCACAGGUAGAAAUGAUGUCUGGAGGUCAUAGGUUUUUCCUGAACUUAGUUGCUGAAUAUUUCCCUAACCACUAAGGAAAAGGAGUAACUAUGCAAAUAAUGCCAAGAAACUGCACCUUUGAAAGCAGGGACUUUCUGCU